AUGGCUUUUCAUCAGAAGAAUACACAGUCCUCGCCCAAUCAACCCCUUCAGAGCUACUGUGAGACCCAAGGCCUGGAGGCUGCAGAGGCACCAGAGGCUAUGGAGAAGGCCUGUGUCUCCCCCUACCCUCCCAUUCCUGUUAGUUUGAAGGGGGCUCCUGCUGCUGGUAUCCCCAGUAGUCCUGAGAGUCCUCAGAGUUUCUCCUCCUCCUCCAUUGUCACCACAGCCACUUCAUCAAGCAAAUCUCAUGAGGAGUCCAGUAGCCAAGAGAAGGAGGGUAACACCUCACAGGCAGUUACAGGCCCCAAGGAUAUAACCACAGAUGCUCUAGAUGAAAGGGUGGCUUUGUUGGUGGAUUUCCUGCUGAUCAAGUAUCACAUGAAAGAGCCAGUAACCAAGGUAGAAAUGUUGAUGAUUAUCAGCGAAGAGUAUCAAGAUCACUUCACUGACAUCUUACUACAAGCCUCUGAGCGCAUGCAGAUGAUCUUUGGCCUGGAUGUGAAGGAAAUCGAUCCCAUCCACCACUGCUAUGCCAUUGUCAUCAGAUUGGGCAUCACCUAUGAUGGGAUGCUGCAUGGUGAAAAGGGCGUGCCCAAGACCGGCAUCCUGAUACUUCUCCUGGGGGCCAUCUUCAUGAAUGGCAACCGUGCCACUGAAGAGGAAAUCUGGAAAAUUCUGAGUGUGAUGAAGUUAUAUCCUGGGAAGAAGCAUGCCAUCUUUGGAGAUCCCAGUUGUCUCAUCACCAAACAUUUCGUGGAGGAGGAAUACCUGAAGUACCAGCAGGUGGCCAACAGUGAUCCUGCUCAAUUUGAAUUCCUGUGGGGCCCGAGAGCCCAUGCUGAAACCACCAAGAUGCAAGUCCUAACGUAUCUGGCCAAGGUUUAUGGGUCUGACCCAAGAUCUUUCCCAUCUCAGUAUGAGGAGGCGUUCCAGGAAGAACUGGAAAGAUCUCAGGCAAGAAUUGCCAGAGCAGCUAUGGGUUACCAUGGUCACUCCCUGUUCUAA